CACGGAGGUUCUGAGAGCAUCCAAAUCAGCGCUCCCUGCCAGUUGCGCACAGAUUGGGCGCCGUCCUAGAAACCCGAAGGACUAUAGAGUUUGUUCUGUGGACAGAAUAAACAUGGAGAAGGUCAUAUACGUUUUUAAAAUUCGCAAGGACAAAGGGAGCCUUCCACGGAUCUGUAUCUGCUGGGUUUCACAAAUUACACCGGACACUAUUUGAAUCGCCGAAGCUCGUCCCGGUGAAGGCAGCGGUAAAGCGUUUGUUCUAAGUGGAAUGAAAAGACUAAAGAACUAGGCUAAAGAUUUAUUCAGUGCAAGAAGAAUGCGAGCAUUGCUUGGGACAAUGGGUUGUUUCUAGCUGACACACCGUGUGCAGCGCAUAUCAGCGCCGUUACGCGCGUAUAGAUCCCCGGUCACCUGUUGAAGUUGCCCGAUGCGGGGUGGGCUAUUUAACGUUUUGCUUUCAAACGGGAGGUUCGACUUAAACAUCGCUUUAAAAUAUGAUUGGUCCGUUCUACCGGCUGUAUAUGAUGCACUGAUUCCCCGUUAUGUUGUAGGAUGAGCGCGGAUCUGGAGCGCGUUUCGAUCAACACGUCGGUGAACUCGGGCGGCCGUGCGCUUUCGGCAAACGUCCGGAGGCUCCACAACGCUCUUAACCUGCUGCUCAGCAACCUGGAGAGAGAGCAGUUCAUCCACUGUCUCAAUGUGUACCACGCCAAGCGCAACGUCUUCGACCUGGUCCAAACUCUCAAAGUGAUUCUCAACACCCCCGGCAAACGACAGCUGCUGCCCAUGCUUCGCCUGGUCAUUCCGAGGUCCGACCAGCUGCUGUUCGACCAGUACACGUCCGAGGGACUUUACCUGAAGACAGAGCUGCUCCCCAGCAACGGCAGUGCGGAGGUCUUUGGAGACGAGGGCGACUCAACGCUGCAGGAAUAUGUCAGUUCCAUCCAUGAGCACGGGGCUUCCAUGGCCCCGCCGUUUUUCGAGGGUCCUUUUGGAGAACUGCGCAAAGUCAACCUGACGCGCUCCAGGAGCCACGAGGGUCUAGGCUUCAGCAUCCGCGGGGGGUCGGAGCACGGCGUGGGGAUUUACGUGUCCCUAGUGGAGCCCGGCUCGUCGGGCGAGAGAGAAGGACUGAGGGUUGGGGACCAGAUAGUGACCGUGAAUGACAUAAUGUUUGACAAUGUCACUCACGUAGAAGCGGUGAAGGUACUAAAGGGAUGCAAACAACUAGCUAUGUCAGUGUGUUCCAUGGGUCGGAUCCCUGGAGGCUACAUUACCAACCACGUGUACAGUUGGGUGGACCCUCAGGGCCGGAGUGUCUCCCCACCACCCGACAACCAAGAGGCCAACCAGAAGCAAGGAUGUGGCAUGGAAGAGAGGACAGUAAUCCUGAAUAUGGACGAUGGUCGCUCUCUAGGCCUGAUGAUCAGAGGUGGUGCUGAAUAUGGACUAGGGAUCUACAUCACUGGAGUAGACCCUGGAUCUGCUGCAGAUGCUGGUGCACUAAAGGUGGGUGACCAGAUCCUGGAAUUGAACGGUCAGAGCUUUGUUACCAUCUCCCACGAUGAGGCAGUUCACAUGCUCAAAACAGGACGGCACCUGCGGAUGAAGGUGAGGGAUGUGGGUCGUCUGCCUCAUGCACGCACAGUGGUGGAUGAGACAAAAUGGAUCUGCAGUCAGGCCAUAGCUGAGACCAAUGCUACAGCUAACACAAGUUCUUUCACCGACCCCACUGUCAAUGCUGGCAUCCACGUUAGUGCCACUGCCAGUACCUGCAGUACAAGACCAUCUUCAGCCAAAGCUACACCUAUAUUAGGAAAGCCAGCAGCAUACAGAGGUGUAGGCCCACCAGGUGCUCAGGUGUCUCUGGAUCAGCAGGCCUAUAUGCUGCUGACGGAAACAGAGAGGCAGACCAUGGCCUACUACCUGCAGGAAUACCAAGAGGGACACAUAGGAGUGGAGCCACUGGCCAUGGCUCUGUUUGAGCUUUUUAACACACAUGCAAAGUUGUCCAUGUUGUCAGAGGUGAGGAGUCUAGUGGCUCCCCAGGACCUGGAGUUGUUCGACGGGCUGGUGUUGCACUGUGAAAGGGAGGCCCACCAGGCCUGGCAUGGAGGCCUGGGAGUGCUGCAUCCACAGGGUCAAGGCAACCACAUAGCCCCUGUGAUCCAUGAUGCAGGACACACCGUCCCUGCUACAACUGACGGCUCUGAUGGUGACUGGAUCCAAAAAGACCCGGAGGAAAACACUAAUGCCUUACAUAAAAUUGCACUGAACGGAAUGCAGGCUUCAGGUGAAUCUCCUUCAUUCUGCAGGCCUGUCUCUCUCAAAGCUCAAAUCAGGCCGUCCAGGGAGAAAGAGCUCAGUUGGAAGCCUUCAGCCCGGCGCACGCAGCCUGGAUCCAGCCUGCUCUUCACAGGACCCACUCGGCUGCUUCAGGAUUGCCUCCACAAGUCGCUUAAAUCCCUCCCCACUACCCACCACUCCCCAGCAGCCUCUGCCCACCACACCUGCGCUGGUGCCAGCCACCACACUUCUCUCAAUGCACUCCAUCACACCUGCCAGAGUUCAUUUCAACUCUCUGACUCUGAACACCACAACCCCAACUUUGCUCAUCACCUUCACCACCAUACCUGCCCAGGCUUCCUGCACCGCCAGGACUCCUCCAGCUCUGCUAAGCUAGACACAUCUGUCAAGCUCGCUAGCAGAUCGAGCUCCUAUGAGAAGUCCUCAUACUUGUCAAAGUCUGUGCCCUCGUCCAAAGCAACAUCUCCCAUGCCAUCCCCUCAUCCAUCACCCUUUUCCUCGCCAUGUCCCUCUCCCUGCCCCUCUCUCAUCACAACUGCUGCUCCACCAUAUAGUCCUGUUCGGCCCUGCUCACCUGCCUUCCCCCAGAAAGUCAUCGUAACAGACAUGAAUCGGCUGUCUGCAGACUCCAGACCACAGCAAAGAGGGGCCACCCUGUCCCAGCUUUCAGACAGUGGCCAGACUCUGAGUGAGGACAGCGGGGUGGACAUAGCUGAAGCAGGAGGUCUCAGUAAAGACGGCAGCCCUCGACCCAGCAAGAACCAGCAGGGCCAAUUGGAACAGCCAGGGGUCCAUGCUCCUCCUCCGGGGACCAGACAAAAUAGUUCACCGGCCCCAGUGCCCACUCCUAACGUGGUACGAGUGGUGAAAAAUGCCAACACCCUUGGUAUUGCUAUAGAGGGAGGAGCCAACACACGACAACCUUUGCCACGCAUAGUCACCAUUCAG